CAAAUCUCUUGACAAAACAGCUUCUGGCCUUUUUACAUAACAAACACAUCUACAGCCAAAUAAAAACCAUCUGCAAACAGCAAUUGUCUUUAAUUAUAAAGACCAUGCCAAACAAGGGCGUCAUAUCACCUGGUCUGAAACCCCAGCACGAAAGCCUAAGUGUCCAGACAAGCCCCUCGGUGCGACCUGACACUCUGCCCCCAAUGACUUUGUCGCCUUCCAUGACCGGAAACCCAGGCCAGCCUUCGAUAGAACUGCCCAAAAUCCAGGUGCUCGAAGAAAAGGACUACAUACGAAUGCCCUGGAAAAAUGGUCUCGGAGAAACCCAUCAAAUCGCGAUCAGCCCCCCAAGCACGGAUUUUGAAACCGAGGAAUUCGUCUGGCGCCUGGCCCUCUCUGAAGUUCGAGACUCUUGUUCCUUUUCCGUUUUCCCCGGCUACGACAUUGCUCUCUUUCUUCUCCCAGAUGCACAUCCCACUGUGGCUCAUACCCGGCGCAACUCGCUCACUAAUCGCGUAGCAUUGCACCACAAUGACCAAGCUACUCCCGUUCCACUUCGUCCCCUCAUCCCAUAUACCUAUAGUGGAGAAUGGCCGACAACCUGUCGCAUUAGGUCAGGACCUAUUCGGCAUCUGACAUUCAUUGCAAACAGGGAUAGGGCGCAUGUUACCGCUAAUCUAGAGACGAUCUGCUUGCAUGGCCUAAGUGAUGACGGGGAAUGCAAUCACCAUCCACAUGGUACGGGACACGAAAAGAAAGAUUCGAACGGAGUGGGAGUUGCCAAUCCGACAAGCAAGAUGCUCCUGGGAAAUUUUACGAUUGUGUAUGUUGUCAGCGGCGGAAUUAAGGUGGCUGUCGAAGGAACAUUGGAACCCCAAAUUGUGUUGACAGGCCAGACAUUGAUUUGCGAGAGACAAGAUGAGUCCAGUCCGACGGACUUUGCAAUGACACCAGUAGCCAGUGAUGGGACGCCUUUUGAAAAGGAUGAACAUGGACCUGACGGCAAAACGGACCACCAGGAUGCAACUGUCCUAAUCAUCCAAGUCAAUCUUCUCCGCCCCGAACGCCGAGCAUCGAUUGUCGAUGUCACCAGUCCUCGUCCACGCGGCCGAGCCGGCUCUAUCAUUGUGUUUGACGAUCAACCUUUCCAGCCCUUCUCCCAAACCUCUUCCACAAAUCUUUUACAUGAUAACUCCACAGUUGGCUCUCCCUUCGCCACGUCACCCCCAGGUGAUUCUGCCAUUAAUGCGAAUAUUCCGUUGAAACAUUGGGAUUCAGCGCGACAUUAUCGGCCACCUGUCUUUUCGGCAAGAUUUAAGAAUGAGAGUGAUGUGCCACCUGCUAUUGUGAGGGAUAGGCUGGCUAUUGAAGAGUUCCCAGUUGGAGCCAUUAGUACAGCGUGGAUCAACAUUGCCAAACAGGGCCUAUCGGAAUGGUUGAGGAUUCCCGUCAUUGUGGCGAGGGGAAAAGAAGAUGGCCCUGUGGUCGGAAUAACCGCGGUAGUUCACGGCAAUGAGCUCAAUGGCGUGCCGUGUAUCCAUCGUGUCAUAUCAGACAUUGACGUGUCACAACUCAGAGGAACCGUGGUCGCCGUCCCAUGUGUGAAUGUUCCCGGCUAUCUCCGGUAUUCAAGAGAAUUCUCUGACGGGAAGGACCUGAAUCGUCUCUUCCCUGGACAACCGGAAGGCACAUCCUCUCAAAUAUAUGCGUUCAACAUUAUGGACAAGGUCGUCAAUCACUUCAACUUUUUGAUUGAUCUCCAUACGGCGAGUUUUGGACGGGUUAAUUCCUACUAUGUCAGAAGUGACAUGAAUGACCCGAUGGCGGCUGCAAUGGCAAAGCUGCAACAGCCUCAGAUCAUUUUGCACAACAGUGGACAAGAUGGUGCACUCCGCUCAGCCGCCAUGAACCGUGGCGUCAAAGCGAUCACUGUCGAAAUCGGCAACCCUCAGCUUUUCCAAAACCAAUAUGUCCAAUGGUCGUACCUUGGCGUUAUGCGCAUUCUAGCCUGGCUGAACAUGUUCUCCAUGGACCCAGAGAACACCGUUCACGGUGGACCACCCCCUUCUACGAUCCUCUGUUCAAAGGGCUUCUGGAUAUACACGAAAACAGGAGGAGUGCUUGAGGUGUAUCCAAAUGUGAAUACUGUGGUUAGAAAAGGAGAUUUGAUUGCAAGGAUCAAGAAUAUCUUUGGGAACAUUGUGGAAGAGAUUUAUGCUCCUUCUUCCGGGGUGACAAUCGGACGUAGUUCGAAUCCGGUGGCCAUGGCAGGAGACAGGGUAUUACAUUUGGGCGUCAUCAAAAAGGAAGGGGAAGUGCUUGCUAAAGAGGCCAAAGAGAAUUACUGAUGGGAGAUGGUCUCCGGAGGUUAGACCUUCCUAAAACAGAUUAGAUAGCUGGGCAUUGAUAUCGCCUAGAGUCCUAUAUCCUUCUAUUGCUUGUGCAGAGCUUCUUGGGAGAAUGAUAUUUUUUGGUCUCAUCCUGUCGACUGGCACACA